AAAGACAAAAAAACUGGGAUAGCUCCGCUGAUCUCAAAAACAUUUGCUUGAUUCUGACUUGAGCCAAACAGUUGCGAUUCGGCUUUCGAGUAUUCAACAACGCGUUUGUUAAACUUUUUCUCGACCGUGGCGGCGCCAAUAUGAAUUCGUUAAUAAAAUAUUCGUUUUAUCUAAGUUGUAUGCUCAUAGCUUUCACAGACACUUUAGCCGCAAAAGUGGAUCCAAGUCGUCUUACACAUAUACCCGAACAGCUAACAGCAUCGACCAUUGCAACAAUGCGACGCUGCAAGACGGCUUCGAUCGUUAAUCUCAUGGAUCGAGACGUUGAACCUUGCAAUAAUUUUUACAAAUUCGCAUGCGGAAAAUGGACACGUCUAAAUCCGGCCACUACAAUCGAACAUCUGACCACCGGUCUUUUUGAGGAGCUGAGCCAACUGCUCGAUCGCAAGGUGGAGAAGCUACUAACCAACGAUACGGAAUUCAACUACACAGCCAUCGACAAUAAAGUACAGAACUUUUUCGUUUCAUGCGUUAAUUUGGUCAAGCUGAAGGAUAAAUAUAAGCAAAAACUAAGUGAUAUAAUUGCUGAAUUUGGUGAAAUGCCUGCGCUCAGCGGCGCCAAAUGGAAUGCGGAGAAGUUCGAUUGGGUGACAACAAUUGCGAAAAUUGCGCACAAGUAUGGCAAGGAUAUAAUAAUUGGCAUGGACAUAAUGGCCGAUUUUAAAGACAACAGCAUAAAUCGAGUUUACAUUGGUCAAGCCGAUUUGCCAUUAGAGAGUCGCGCGAUGUACUUAGAUGAUUCGACUGCUGUCUAUAGGGAUAGCUACAAGCGGAAGAUACGCAAGGAGCUUGUGAAAUUUUUAGGAAUGGAUGCUCAGCUGGCCACCAAGACAGCAAAUGAUAUUGUUGAUUUUGAAGUGAAAUUGGCGCAGGGCUUGAUUGAUGAUACACUGGGCCAGAGCCUCGACGACUUGUCAAAGCUAACAACUGUCGAACUGAUGCAAGCCAAAUACGCUCCGGUUAUAGACAUUAAGAAGUUAGUGAACAUAACAUUAGGUGAAUUAAUCACCGAUCCAUUGUAUGAGUAUGCCGAUGUAUAUCAGCGAAAUUUGAAGAAAAUCAUGCCAGAGACACCAAAGGAAGUGGUGGCCAAUUACAUUUUCUACACAUUAAUCUCCGAUUAUAUGCUGGACAUUGAUAAGUCGCCGCGCAGUCAGAGGAAAACCUGCAUCGAAAAGACAAAGUCAUAUUUCGCCAAAAAUGUGGAUAACAUGGUGUAUCGCAGAUAUAGCACAAGAAAAACUGAGCUCGAUGUCGAGUAUAUGUGGAAAGAGCUUAAGGAGAGCUUCAAAAGCACGCUAACUUCAGGCAAGCUGGAUUGGAUAGCCGAGCCCACGCGUCAAUAUGCGCUUGAGAAGUUGGAGGCACUUAGAAUGGAAAUCAACUCAUACGCAGAUCACAAUUUCACCGAAGAGUUUGGCCCGCUGGUGACCAACAACAAUGACUAUCUGGCAAAUGUGCUCGCUAUAUUGGAGUUGGACACAAAGCGAUCGUACGCCAAAUUGCAUGAGAAACCCAAGCCAAUCGAAGCUGGUGAAAUACUGUCCUACACACCGGCCAACAUACUCAUUGAGAAUGUAAUCAAGGUGCCGGUAUCGAUACUGCAGCCCUACUUGCUAUGGAGUGAAAUCUAUCCGACAGCAGUAAAAUUUGGCACUUUGGGUGCCCUUGUCGGUCACGAACUCAUACACGCCUUCGACGACACCGGACGCCGUUUCGACAAGGAUGGCAACAGUCGUGACUGGUGGGACGCGAAGUCAACGGAAAUCUUUCUUAAUCGUACUGAGUGCUUCAGCAAUCAAUACAGCAAGUAUCAGUAUGGCGGACGCUUUCUGCCCAAAAGUGUUUCACAGUCGGAAAAUAUCGCCGACAAUGGUGGCAUGCGGCUGGCGUAUCAAGCCUAUCUGCGUUGGUAUGAGGAUGCAAAACGUGCGCAUAAUGAAAAGAUGAACGAGAAGCUGCCUGACUUUCCCUACGACUUCAAGCAAUUGUUCUUUAUUAGCUUUGCACAAAUUUGGUGCAAUGAUGCGCAUCCUGAGGUGAAGAAUCUGCAAACAUCUACAGAUCAGCAUGUGCCGGGAGAGUUCAGGGUAAUCGGACCACUUUCGAAUUCAAAGGAGUUCGCAGCUGCAUUUAGUUGCGCGGAUGAUGCACCAAUGAAUCCAAAGCAUAAAUGCCAAAUUUAUUAGUUAAACAAAAAAAAAACGCAUACCUAGUAUGUGGUGUAAAAAGUUUUUAAAACUAAAAUAGACUGUAAAUUU